AAAGCUUGCUGUAUAAACUUGUCGAUCAAGCAUAGGUAGUGGCUACACAACUCUAACUACCGGUAGUUACACUAUACAGCGCAAUAGGAAUUAGGAAACAGAAGGGGAAGAAAAACCUUUUGAAAAGAACUUAAUUUUCAGCAGGUUUCGAGACACACUUUAAGAAGACAUCAUGACAAAAGAUAGAAGAUUCGACCUACAUCAGACUAGCUCUGGUCGGGGCUUGGAUUACCGACCAGAAUACUAUUUUCCUGCAUCUGAUUUUAAGACUACCAUUCACAAUCCUCUACCACCUGAGCUGGCCAAACAAGAUGAGAUUAUCAAACCAUUCCAAACAACAACGGGACAGACGCAUGAUUACAAAUAUCAUGGAGGAUUGUUGGCUAACCCUCAGCAUCAAAAGGCACCAGGUCACUGGAAUAUUCACUACAAUAAGGAUUUGAGAGAAAAGCUCCAACAAAGAGGCUGGAGAAAACCUCUAACCAUGGGGCAUCAAGAGAGUGAAGCCCAAUCACAGUACAGAGGACACCAAAUGCAGAUGGGUGUAGACUUUGACAACAGGCUUAGUGGCAAUCCUCAGCCAUCUAAUCUUCAAACUCACCAUCAGAACUGCCCUGCACCUGUCCGGGAUAGCAUGCCUAAAUACAAGCCAUCACUUGUCCGGGAUGAUGGCGCCCUUCAACUUCUUGAUAUCUAUGUGCCAACCUCUCACCAUGUACACAAGCGUUUCACUCGUAAUGAACUCGAUGACUACCCAAAGAAAGAUGCUGCCACCUAUUGGCGAUGUGAAGAUUACACACAAGCAUGGGGACAUGGUACGAAGCACAAUCCUCUUCCAAAGGCAGCUGAAGUUCACCAACGUGCUCCAAUGACAGAUGAAAUGGUCUUCAAGACCGCCAUUAAGGAACCUGUACGUUGGCCAGAACAAUUCAAGCGUGUUCCUCACUCCGGUAUAAAGACCACCAUGACCAGUUCUUACAAGACACCAUCAGACCAUAGAAUGAAAGAGCUUUUCUCAUGUCCUGUUGAUACGCCUUGGGUCAUCCCGAAAGCCGGCCCAAUCCAAACAUUCUCUGUACCCAACAUGUACACAACAGAAUACAAAACAUAUGCAAGUGGUAAACCAAUUGCUGUUUGAAGCCGGGAAGUUGUCUACUUUUGCAUAUUCCUAAAUUUUGUUUUGCGACUUUAAAGAAUACAGAAACAAAAUACAGAGCAUUUGUAAACCAACUGGUUUACAAAUGCUCUGUAUUUUGUUUCUGUAUUCUGUGGAAGUUGAAAGGAUUAAAGAACUUAGAAGUUGUCCACUUGUGCAAGCCAUAAUAUUGUGGCUUUAAUGAAAACAAAAUAGAACAAAGGCGAGCAUUUGCCACUUGAAAUUGUUUUAAGUAGGAAGUUGACCGCUGGCGCUUGCGGAAAUUUGUAUCAUUCCUUUAUUUUGUAUGUAAGAUUUCAGGAAUGAAAAUCAGAACAAAUGCAAGCAGGAAACCAACUGCAUAUUGAAGUCAUCCUAUAAUAUUUAUGUAGAUUUUAAGAUGCUGCAACAUGUGGAUAUAUAACAAUAUGAAGUAUUUGUGAUACUUUUUAGUCUAUAAGAAUAAGGAAGAGGAAUGCAGAGUAUUGUAAAAUAAUAUGUCGGGUGAACAAUGAUAUAUUACAUACAAUAUAGGAAAAAAGUUUCUAAUUGAAAAGUUUAUUUCGAUCAAUCCUUACAUGUUUUAAAAACACUGUUACAUAAACUUGCAUACUUGUAUUAUUUUCUUUGGGCGAACAUUUCUCAAUAGUGUUGCUCAUUCGACCAAGGUUUUAAUGGACUACCAUUAAGACCAAAGAGGUUGUUCUCUAACACCUUACUUUAUUUUUUUUUAUGUAUGUGAUUUGUUUACUAGUUCUUUUAAACAAAUAUUUGCUGUUAUCCGGCAGAAUAUACAUUGUAUAUUACCUUUUUAAGAUAUCAAUUCACAAUAACUUUGUUCAUUCAAUUGACUAAGAUUAUUUGUCUUAUGUUGAAAUGAUGAUAGUAUUUGAAGUCAUCACAUAGUCACCAAUGCCACUUUGACUAAUGUUUUUUUUUUUUGAAUGGAUGCAAGUAUUUUUUUGAAAAUUGAUGUGUCAUUAUAUUUCAAGUUGAUUGUACAUUGCCAGCUAUGCUCUAUUACAUGAGUGAAUAUUUUAAAAGUGAAUAAAUGAAGCUAUAUAUGAAUAAUGAUGUACAGUGGAUGUACUAUUGAA